GGCGCGUAGGGACUCCGCUGCGCUGCGAGCCACGCGUCGCUUCGGUGCUCGCUCCCCGUCCGUGGCAGGGGCUGUGCUGCCGCCGCCGCCAUGAAGCGGCCGUGCGAGGAAACUACCUCCGACAGCGACAUGGACGAGACCAUAGACGUGGGGAGCGAGAAUAAUUACUCGGGGCAAAGUAGUGGGUCUGUGAUUCGAUCAAAUUCCCCAACAACAACAUCUCAGAUUAUGGCCAGAAAAAAAAGAAGAGGGAUUAUAGAGAAAAGGCGCCGUGAUCGUAUAAAUAACAGUUUAUCUGAGUUGAGGCGGCUUGUGCCAACUGCUUUUGAAAAACAAGGAUCUGCAAAAUUAGAAAAAGCAGAAAUACUGCAAAUGACAGUGGAUCAUUUGAAGAUGCUCCAGGCAACAGGAGGUAAAGGUUAUUUUGAUGCUCAUGCACUGGCCAUGGAUUUCAUGAGCAUUGGAUUCCGAGAAUGUUUAACUGAAGUUGCAAGAUAUCUGAGCUCAGUGGAAGGUCUGGACACAUCUGAUCCGCUAAGAGUUAGACUUGUGUCUCAUCUCAGCUCUUGUGCAUCUCAAAGGGAAGCUGCUGCAAUGACCUCAUCCAUGGCUCAUCACCAUCAUCCCUUGCAUCCUCACCACUGGACAGCAGCAUUUCACCAUCUCCCUGCCGCUUUACUGCAGCAGAAUGGACUUCAUUCCUCUGACACCACUCCUUGUAGACUUUCAACAGCGUCGGAAGUGCCUCCUCAUGGCUCUGCUCUUCUCACGGCCACCUUUGCCCAUGCUGACUCUGCACUCAGAGUGCCCUCUGCUGGCAGUGUUGCUCCCUGUGUUCCACCUCUUUCUACCUCUCUUCUCUCGCUCUCUGCCACUGUACACGCUGCUGCUGCAGCUGCUCAGAGCUUCCCUCUGUCUUUCGCUGGAGCAUUCCCAAUGUUUCCACCUAGUGCAGCGGCAGCAGUGGCAGCUGCAACAGCAAUCAGCCCACCAUUAUGUGUAUCGGCAGCUUCCAGUCCUCAGCAAACUAGCAGUGGUGGAAAUAGUAAACCCUACCGACCUUGGGGGACUGAAGUUGGAGCUUUUUAAGACACACACACACACACACACACACACACCAUCUUUGGACUUCAUGCAGUACUAACUCAGGCUGGGUCUACACUACCUGCCUGAAUCGGCGGGUAGAAAUUGACCUCUCGGGGAUCGAUUUAUCGCGUCCCAUCGGGACGCGACAAUCGAUCCCCGAAUCGACGCUCUUACUCCACCAGCGGACGUGGGAGUAAGCGCCAUUGACGGGAAGCCGCAGAGGUCGAUUUUGCCGCCGUCCCUACAGCGGGGUAAGUUGGCUGCAAUACGUCGAAUUCAGCUACGCUAUUCACGUAGCUGAAUUUGCGUAUCUUAAAUCGACCCCCCCCUGUAGUGUAGAUGUAGCCUCAGUGUUCUUCCUAUUCAGUCAAAUUGAAGGUCUGUAUCCACGCAAAUAGCCUUAUAGAUGCCUGCAAGCCAAUCAAGGAACAGUAAAGCUAUUCUAGGGUCAGACUUAAAAGAGGACAUAUAGCAGUAUUGGGUAUAUUUUUCUUUGUUUGGCUUAAGGCACAUUGGUGAGCAACGGUGGCUUUCAGAAACAUCAUACCCCAGUGACCAUUUAGAAGUUUAUGGGGAAAUAGGUAGACUCUAGACCCAAUAGUCCUCCAGCCAUGCACCGUUAUUUGGCAGACAGAUGGGGGCUAGCACCUCUAAAUUUCUCCUGAGGCUGGACGAAAAGUUUGAGUUUCAUAAGUGCCUGGCAUACAUAGGCGUUCUUCUAAAGCAAAUCACACUGCACAAGUAUGAAAAAAAAGAGAUUGGGGGAGCAAGAAGGGGGAGAAUCCUGCAUUAAGCUACAGACAUUUUGAUACAUUUCCAGGAAGGAGUGAACUCUAAACCAACAGGUUUAUUUAGCCAAAAGGAUUGCUGAGAAAGAAUGUUCAGCUUGAUAGGCCUAAUUUUAUCUUACCUAGUUGACUUUCUUUGUACAGACUUGCCAAAUGAUGACAUCUAGCAUAGCACUGGUAAAAGCAAUUAUCUUAUCAGCGCUUGGAUUGAUGAACAUUUCAGCACUGUCUGUGAGCCUUGAGGCACUUUGGUUUUUUUUUUUUAAAUGGCUUAGACUAUGGUGCUUGCUUGUCUCUGUACAAGCAAUGAAUUUAUAGUGCACACAGAAGUAGCUCCCUACUAAAAGCGUGCACACAUCAAGACAGUUGAUCCAUGCCAAUACAAGAGACUCAAUGUUGUAAAGAGUUCAGAUUAACUUAUUUAGUUGCAUUUGGACAUUUAUUUUUAGCAGCCUCCUGCUUCUGUGCAAGAUCUCUCCUCUUUUCACUAUCAACUUCUGGAGGUAACGAUUUCUCUGGGUCUGAAUGAAGUUACUGUGGGGGUGUUAUUUUAAAUUGGCUUUUUACAUGCCAACAUUGUAAAUGUGGGUUUGAUUCCAAACCAAAAUGAAUGUACUAAAGGGCAUAUCAAUAAAUUAUUUUGUCAGUACCCAGACAACUAGUGCUGCAUUAAGUUUUGCUUUCUUUUUUUAUUACAGUGGCUUAAAAUAACCUAAUAUUUUAGUACAUUGACUCAAGAACUAGAGAUUUUAUGAGAAAAUAAAACACAGCAUGUAUUAUGCACUUGAUUUCUCUGCUGUGUGGAGAAAGCAAUAAACAUGGAGAAUGUUAAACAUUAUGCAAAAUAUACUUUAAAAUAUUUGUUUUAAAAAUACUGUACCUAGUUGCUUUUUUGUGCAUUACUUUGUUAACCUUUUUCUAUGCAAAAGUCUUUACAUAUCACUAAUUAAACGAAGUCCUUUUUGACUGCG